GCCAAACAUCAAACUUUCUUUAGACUAGGUUAGGAGCUUUGCACCCCGACCGUCAUACACCACCCACCACCUGAGAUCUCAUCGGGGGUUUUUUUUUGCACAGCAAAACUUCAGCAAGAACAACUAUUGACGAGACGGGACACCAUGUCUUAUCGCAUAGAGAUAUCCCCAAACAACCGUGCCGGUUGCAAGGAUUCCGUGUGCAAGAAGGAAGGCGUGAAGAUCACCAAGGGCGAGAUUCGCUUUGGUACAUGGGUCACCAUUAUGGAACAUGCCAGCUGGCAAUGGCGCCAUUGGGGUUGCGUGUCUGGUGAACAGAUCAAGAACCUCAAGGAAAACGUUGAGCGUAAUGGCAGCCACGAUUAUGACAUGAUUGAUGGCUGGGAGGACCUGGAGGAUCACCCGGAGAUCCGAGAGAAGAUCCAACGCGUCCUUAAGCAGGGACACAUUGAUCCCGAGGACUUCAAUGGUGACCCAGAGAUGAACAAGCCUGGUCAGAAGGGUAUCCACAGUCGAGCCAAGAAGGCCAAACCUGAGAAUGAGAAUGGAGAGCCCUCAAGCUCAGCUCCCAAGUCCAACAAGCGUGGCCGCAAGAAGGCGGAUGCCGACGAAGAUGAAGAGAAGGUCAACCCAAAGAAGAAGGCCAAGAUGGCCAUUGUCAAGGAUGAAGAAGAGGAGCCUGAGAAGCCAGCUGCAAAGGGAAGAGGCAAGAAGGCCGCUGCCAAGGACGAUGAUGACGACGAGAAGCCAGCCGUCAAAGCCAGACCCAAAAGGGGUGCUAAGAAGGCUGUUGCCAAGGAGGAAUCUGAAGAGGAAGCGGAGGCCGAAGAGGAACCUACUCCUGUCAAGAAGACACGAGGUCGAAAGCCUGCUGUGAAGAAGGAGCCCACCCCCGAGGAGGAAGAGACUGAAGGAGAGGAGGCAGAGGAGGAGCCUGCCCCAAAACCCAAAGGCAAAGGGGGUCGCAAGUCCAAAGCCGUCACAGACGCAGACGCCGCUCCUGCUAGGCCCAAGCGAGGUCGUGGGAGAAAGUCCGCUGCUGCAGGCGAGGACUAAUUCCUACCUCUGCCCCAGUCUGUUCAUGUCUCGCCCGGGAUCCUGAGACGAGAGAAACUGUACUAUAUCUGAUCAGUGUUUAUUGUUUUGCUGAAGCGACAUGGACGACCCUGUUGUAAAAGUUUGUUGUGCUUUUUGAUAAGUGGAAGUCAGUUAGCGGUAGUCAUUUGCACAACGAUACCUAGAUGUUCUAUCAAGAACACAGCAGUGUUAGUUCAAGCUUUUCUGUACGCCGUCUUUGCUAUUGAGCUUCAAAAUCAUUCUUAAGGCUGUUACAUCAUUAUUUUUCUGAAUUUACCGUAGUUUCUACAACACGUACAUUUAUGCAAGCUUUUCUUUUAGAGUCUUUAAUUCUACGCCAUGCUGUGUCCUACCAACCACAAUAUUACACGAAAUAGCAUGACUUC